AUGUCUCCAUUUCGCUUAAUCUUUGGUAAACCUUGUCAUUUACCUGUCGAGCUUGAACACAGGGCCCUUUGGGCAAUUAAGAAGUACAACUUCGACAUGAAGGAAGCAGGAAAUAUCAGAAGGUUACAACUGAGCGAACUGGACGAGCUUCGCAAUGAUGCUUAUGAGAACGCAAAAAUUUACAAGGAAAAAACAAAGGCGUUUCAUGAUAGGCAUAUCAUUAGGAAGUCGUUUGAAAUAGGGCAAAGAGUAUUAUUCUUUACCUCUAAGUUCAAGCUUUUUCCAGUUGAUAUCCGACAUAUUAGCACGGGAAAUGAAUCGAAGGUUAAUGGGCAUAGGUUGAAAAUCUACCAUGAGAAUGUUUUGCAUCAAGAAGAUGAAGUGCUCCACUUCAUUGAUGUACCUGCUAUGAAUAUGCAGCAGCUCUACAUGAUUAUCAUUCCUUUUUUGCAGCAUCUCUACAUGCUGGUUGGCGCUGUAGAGCCGCUUCUGCAGAUUCGCCACCAGAGCUUGCAGGGCCGCCACUUCCUCACUCAGUGCGCCGCACUCCCGUGUUCUCGCCAGUAG